CACCCUACUUGGCAAUUUCUUCCGGCCGGGUUCGAUCGGAUCGUGUAUCCGAUAGGCUCCGGCGGGGGAAUGGCCCUCGUGAACGUCCCGCAGGGCCGGCGUUGGCCGGGGAGGCCGCGGUGGGGGGUCCUCGACCUCGUAUCCGCCGCCUUAUUCACCGCUGUCUUCGUCCUAUUCGUGCUCAUCGUCACCUCCCUUGGCGAUUCCCUCGCCGCUUCCGGCCGCCGCGCCCUUGCCCGCUCCGCCGCCGGUUCCCGCCAGCGAGAGCGCAUCGUCGCCCUACUCGACUCCCCGACUGCGUCCCCUUUCGCUAUUGACUCCUGCCCGGCCGAGGAGGUCGACAACAUGCCGUGCGAGGAUCCCCGCCGCAACAGCCAACUCAGCAGGGAGAUGAACUUCUACCGCGAGCGGCAUUGUCCGCUGCCGGGGGAGACGCCGCUCUGCCUCGUGCCCCCGCCCAAAGGGUACCGGAUUCCGGUUCCGUGGCCGGAGAGCCUCCACAAGAUAUGGCAUGAUAACAUGCCAUAUAAUAAAAUUGCAGAGAGGAAAGGUCAUCAGGGCUGGAUGAAGGAAGAGGGGCCAUACUUCAUUUUUCCAGGUGGUGGUACUAUGUUCCCAGAUGGGGCCAUAAAUUACAUCGAAAUGCUUGGCCAGUUUAUCCCUUUAAACAAAGGCCUCGUGAGGACUGCUCUGGAUAUGGGAUGUGGGGUGGCCAGCUUUGGAGGCUUCCUGCUCAAGGAGGAUAUCAUGACACUUUCAUUUGCUCCCAGGGAUUCGCAUAAAUCUCAAAUUCAAUUCGCAUUAGAAAGAGGGAUUCCUGCAUUUGUAGCCAUGCUGGGCACCCGGCGACUGCCAUUUCCUGCAUCUUCGUUUGACCUUGUUCAUUGUUCUCGAUGCUUGAUUCCCUUUACUGUUCACAAUGGAACUUAUCUUGUUGAAGUGGAUCGUUUACUUCGACCAGAAGGAUAUCUAGUAAUAUCUGGUCCACCUGUGCAAUGGACUAAUCAGGACAAGGAGUGGGCUGAUCUCCAGGCGAUGGCUCAUGCCUUAUGUUACAAGCUUAUUACUGUGGAUGGUAACACAGCAAUCUGGAAGAAGCCUUCUGGUGCUUCUUGUCUCCCUAACCUAAACAAUUUUAGGCUUGAUCGCUGCAGUGACAAUGAUGACCCAAAUGAAGCAUGGUAUUUUAAAUUAAGGAAGUGCAUCACUGAAGUCCCUCUUUCAGAAGAAAUAUCUAUUGGUGCCAUCCCUGAAUGGCCACAGAGGCUGUCCAAAACUCCUGCAAGGGUCUCAUUAAUGAAAAAUGGGAUUGAUAUGUUUGAGGCUGACACACAACUUUGGGCAAGAAGAGUGGUAUACUAUAAGAAAUCCCUUGGUGUGGAGCUAGGGAAUCCACGCAUACGCAAUGUUAUGGAUAUGAAUGCUUUUAUUGGAGGCUUUGCAGCAGCAUUAAGUUCUGAUCCAGUUUGGGUCAUGAAUGUCGUACCUGCUCAAAAUCCGCUAACUCUUGAUAUUAUUUAUGACAGAGGUCUUAUUGGAUUAUAUCAUGAUUGGUGUGAGGCUUUCUCUACUUACCCGAGAACCUAUGAUCUCAUUCAUGUAGCAGGAAUUAACUCCUUGAUAAGAGAUACAACAUCUGACAACGACAGGUGUAGCCUGGUCGAUCUGAUGGUGGAGAUGGACCGCAUGUUGCGGCCACAAGGAACUGCUGUGGUACGGGACACACCAGAAGUCAUAGACAGAGUAGCACGCAUCGCCCAUGCGAUCCGGUGGACAAUCCAGGUGCACAAGAGUGAGCCAGAAUCAGGUGAUAGGGAGAAAAUUCUUGUGGCAACCAAAACAUUUUGGAUGUUGCCUGCAACCUCCCAUUGACAUGCUGAAUUGUUGGGGGUUUUUUUUUCCUUUGUUUUAUUUUGUGUCAGUGAGAAUAAAAAAUCAACUGUAUCAGUAGGGCCCUAAGGAAACGUGAUUAGAUCAGUUAGAUCCUAUUUUAUUAUAUCCAUACUAUAUGAUGAUCCAAGUAGCAAUUCAAAUUAUAUUCAUUUUUUCCCCUUAAAUUUCAAGGG